UCUUCCUCCCUCUGGAAAUGACACAGUCCUCCUCCCGUGCUGCGUUUACACCCCCCGGCCAUAUUCCCCGAAGAGGGGAUUAUUUCCAACUUUUUCCGCGUAUGUCAUCCUGCGGAGGAGGCUUCUCCGUGGCCGGGCCAGAACUUUCCCCGGCGUGAGGCGCCGCGGCGGGACCGUCCGGACCGGCCCGAGCUCCAUGACUUCUUGCGAGGAAACGCUGCGUUUUUCCAGCCGGAGGAGGUUCCGCUUCAGCCGGAUCCCGGCGGACACGUGGACGCCGCGGCCGCGGCUGACGAGGCAGCCUCGACGGGGGCUUUUUACCCGACGGAACAGCCCGCUGAGAUCCAGCUCCCGCCGGGGAAAAUGAUGUUUUCUCCCCUUUCUCUGUCCCAGGAUGAGUUCCAUCCGUUCAUCGAGGCUCUGCUGCCCCAGGUCCGUGCCUUCGCCUACACCUGGUUCAACCUCCAGGCCAGGAAGAGAAAGUACUUCAAGAAACAUGAGAAGAGGAUGACGAAGGAGGAGGAGAGAGCUGUCAAAGAUGAGCUGCUGGGAGAGAAGCCAGAGGUGAAACAGAAGUGGGCCAGCCGUCUUCUGGCCAAGCUCAGAAAAGACAUCAGGCCUGAGUGCAGAGAGGACUUUGUCCUGUCCAUCACGGGGAAGAAGGCGGCGUGCUGCGUUCUGUCCAACCCCGACCAGAAAGGCAAGAUGAGACGCAUCGACUGCCUCAGACAAGCUGACAAGGUGUGGAGGCUGGACCUGGUGAUGGUCAUCCUCUUUAAAGGAAUCCCUCUGGAGAGCACGGACGGGGAGCGGCUGGUGAAAGGAGGCCAGUGCUCCAACCCUAUCCUCUGCGUCCAGCCUCGACACAUCUCCGUCUCCGUCAAAGAGCUCGACCUCUACCUCGCUUUCUACGUACAAGAGAAAGAGACGGAGCAGUGCAGCAGUCCCAGUCGAACCGGCACGGGUUCUGAUCAGGAAGACAGCCGGACCGCCACCAUGGAUGCUCCGGAGUUCCAGGACAGUUUUGUGACGUCGGGAGUUUUCAGCGUCGCCGAGCUCGUCCACGUCUCCAGAACCCCGGUGGUGACCGGUGUGGGGCCCGGCUUCUCGGUGGGGGAGCUGCAGGGUCACCUGGCCUACGACCUCAACCAGUCUGUCAACCAGCCGGUCAGCCUCAGGCGCUCGCUGGCCAGCACGUCCUCCAGCGGGAGCAAGCGCCACAAGUCUGGCUCCAUCGAGGAGGACGCCGACAGCCCGGGAGGGGAGUACUACCACUCUCCCUCAUCUCCUGCCAGCAGCUCCAGGAACUGGACGGAUGACAUGGAAGGAGGUCUGUCUCCUCCGGUGAAGAAGGCGGAGCUGGACAGUCCCUCCCCCCAGGAAGACUCCCCAAGACUGGGCUCCUUCACCCAGCACCACCGUCCAGUCAUCGCUGUGCACAGUGGUCUGUCCCGGGGCCCUCAUCCCUCCUCGUCGCUUCAUUUUCCAUCCUCCUCCUACUUCCCACAUGGAGCCAUCCGUUACCCCCCCCACCUGGCCCAGGACCCCCUGAAGGACCUGGUGUCGUUAGCCUGCGACCCGGCCAACCAGCCCCCCAGCUCGCUGAACGGCAGCUCCCAGGUGAAGGUUCCCAGUCACUACAUCUCCUCCCAGAUGCUGGCUCCGCCGGUGCCGGUCUCCCCCCUGACCAGCCCCCCGUCCCUCCCCAGGACCUCGCUCUCUGCAGAGUCCAAGGCCACUACCUCCUCUUCUGACGGGGGGGCCAGCUCCCCCACCUCGCCCACGUACUCGGCUCCUGGGACCCCUCCCACCAACCGGUCCUCCUUCGUUGGAGUCACCCCCCGGGACCCCGGUGGACUCUACCAAGCUCAGUCUUGGUAUCUGGGCAACUGAGGGGCGUUGGAGGAACGGCGACGGUGCGACAGCACUACAGAGGACAGGACACUAUCUGGUCAACUCAUUUCCGGAGGGAAGAGUAUAUUCAGCGUUGGAGAAGCAUGACACUCGGCCCUGCACAUAUAUAAGUGUACGCAGUUCUGCACUUGUAUCUGUGUCCGGAGGCGGGGCGUCACCUGGAGGGGAGGACCAUGCUGCUCAGCCUUUUUAGCGGCCUCAGAACAACCUCUGCUCUUAAUGCUCCGGCCGUCACAAGCGGCCCGGGGCAGGACUGUGAUUUCCACCCAGAAGCAGUGGAUUGGUGAGUUCUGGUGAACUACCCGCCAGACGGAGGCGUCGGUGCUGCAGACCCUCGGAGGUUUGUGAGCGCGUGCCCUGUGAGGCCUGGCACCGAGUCCAGACGGACAUAUAGACCCACAAACCCCCCACCCCAGAAUGACCCUCUCCGCUGCAGGUGCUGCUUCUGAUAUAUGCAAACAAGCCUUCCUUUUCUUUUCCAAACCCACCAGAAAGAUAAGAGCCUGAUGUUUAUAUGUAACAUUUCUUUGCACUUUUAAUGAUACUGUUAUUGAUCCGAGCUGAAACGGCGCAUUAAGUUCCCCCCCCCAUCCACCGACAGACUUUGACAAUCAUCAGCCUGAAACCAUGACCAUGUUGCUUUGCAGGGCUCGCCUUUCUGAGACUCCUAUCUUUCUUUCUUUUUACUAGGAAAAGAGGCGUAAUGGCUCUGUUCAUGCCUCCCGCAGCGCACACACACACUUGCACGCACGCACACGCACAGCUGCCGUCAGAAACCAGGACAGUUGGUCUCAGUGGUCCUGGACCGGUCGGUCGUGUUGUUCAGCAGCAGAACAGGUUCUGCAGAUGCAGGAGGGGCUGGGUUCGGGUUGAGGUUCUGGUCGUGGUGGUUCCCCAGCGUUGAAGCGUGGUUCGGUUCUGGCUGCUGUUCUCAGCUCCCUUCGUCCGCACACGUUUUCAAGAGGCUUUUAUCGUCUUGAAGCUUCAGUUGGACAAAAUAGCUUUUCGAUCGCUGAACAGAAACCAGAAACGGCCAGAACCGAGCCGCUGAGCAGCAGCGUCGACGUAGCGGAAAUAUCACCGCUGAUGAGCAGCAGACCCUGAAGGUCAGCCUGAAGAAGCAAAUGUUUUGUGAUUGGUGCCUUCAGUGGUGCGUGAGUGUGUCCAGAAACCUUUCGUAUGUCCAGAUUUGAAAUACGAAACAGUUUUAGGGUUAUCUUGAGGAGGCCAACAAAAAAGAAAAACGUAUUUUGAGAAAGAGCUGUAAUUUUACAACAGAGUUUAUACAUUUUUAUGAGGAAAAAAAGUCAUAAUUUUACAAGAAAAGUUGUAUGUCCCUGUUUAUUGCUUCCUACUUAAGAUGUCAACCCAGAUAACGGAUGAGACCCAUCAGUGUUAAAAAAAACUGUUUAAUUUCAUUGUCUUCACUUGAAGAAGAGUAAAUAUCUGAACUAUUUUAACAGCCUAAUCAUAAAACAAGAGUUGACCCUGCAACUAGAGAAAAACCACCAGUGUAGAAUCUUAUAGAAAAACCCUUCAAACUCUUAAACAAUUUCAUACAAUCCUAACAGUAGCAAGAAGCUUAUACAUUUUUAUGUGAGAUCUGGUCCCCACAUGAGGACAUACCUGAUCUGGAGCUUCAGCAAAACUUUAAAAGGUAUAUAUGUUGCAACUUCUUCUCCAUAGCCUGACUUUUUUGAUCAUAAAUGUAUGACUAUUCUUGAAAAGAAAAGUCAUAUUAUGAAAUCUUGCAAAUGUAUGACUUAAUCUCUUAAAUUUAUAUUAAAAAAUUCACCUAAAAUUGCGACUUUAUUGCAGCUUUUUUCUCGUAAAUUACUUUUCUUUAUAUUUAUAUUAAUUUCUGCAUAAAGUUUCUUUGCUUGUAAAUACAUCCUCACAUCGUUCAUGCUUUUUGCAGACGAUGUGGUCGUGUUGGUAUCAUUGGGUCUCGGUCUGAGUUCUGCAGGUGGACCAGAAGAUCUGGGCCAUCAUCGUAACAUUUAGACAUUAUUCCUCUAAAUUAACAGCUUUGAUUGUAAAAUUAGCACUUUAUUGUAAUAGUUGCAUUUUCCCUUAAAUGUACAACUAAUUCUGGUAGAAUUAAGUUGAAAGAUUAUGACUUAAAAUAUCUCCUUGUAAAAUUGCGGCCUUUAUAUCAUGUUUUUGUUUAAAUAAUUGAAAUAAAAAUUUGUAUAAAAAGAAUUGAACCCUUUUUACAAAUUCAUAUAUUCUAAAUCCAAAUAAACUUGUUUUCUUUGAGGCUGAAACAAAAUAUAAAGAUCUUUUUCUCUUAAUACAACGAUGUGAUGACUUUAUAACUGAGCUGAGACUUUGCUGACUCUGCUCCCGGAUGUUUGAGGUUUAAAUUUAUUUAUAAAUUGCACGUCUAGAGAGAAGUUUUCUUGAAAUUUAAGAUUUAUGUUUCACUUUAAAGUAUUGAACCACUAAUCUCUCCUGUCCCAGUGAAGUUCAAAGUAUAAAGUCAUGAAACCAAACCCGGAUGUUUGACUUUGUUCCCGGGCUUUUUUUUUCCCUGGCCCCGGGUCUGUGUCCGGGCUCGUGGAUCUGCUGCUCUCAGCCUGAGGAGACGCGUUGGUGGUCCCUGUAAGAACCCGAGGGCGUGUUGCAGGAGACCCUGCUGGGCUGCACCUGCAGGGCUCCCCUCCACACGAGUGUCCCAGCGCCGCCGCCGCUUAGCUUUCGUACGGCAGGUCGGUUCAUGUGCGUCUUCGUGAUUUGGCGCGUUUUCCCUGGUCCUCCUGCAUCUCUCUGCUGACUCACACGUGAACCCUGAACCUGAACCUGAACCGGAGCUCUGUUGGACCUGGAUGAAAAACUGAACAAACUGGGUCCUGGUUCCUGACUUCCUUCACCGCUCGGAUGAGCUGGGCUUUAGUUCCCGGCUCCCGGCUGACGUGCACUGCAUGGUGCUGACCUAAAGAAUGCAUGGCUCGGCCGAUGAUACCUCUCCAUCUCUGUCCUCCUCUUCCUCCCCAGAGUUUUAAUGAUAGCCCUGCUCUUAGAACUUCUAUUUUGCACGAUAUUUCAUGAAACACAUGUGCCUUGCCUUUCUGGAAGAGUUCUCCCUCCUUCAUACGCCGGCUGGUAGCACAGAGACGCUGCAUGUGACCGGCUGGGCCCUGAUCGCUGGGCCCGGACCGCUGGGCCCAGGCCCAAGUGGGCCAAUGGUUUUUGGUUUGACUUUAACGGAGACUGGGAGUCCAUCCUCACUUGCCUUCAUCUGAGCACACAGCAGUCACCUUUAACGUCCGGCGUUGCUGCUCUGAUGUCACGUGACUCGUAGCAGGACUGGGCGCGGGUCACGGGUCUCGUUGGGGUUAAACUCUGGAGUAGUUUGCAGAGGUGUGUGCUCCUCGUCAUCCUCAUGCAUGACUGCAGUCCUGCAGAAGUUGAAGCAAGCCUCGUGACCGUAGCGGGUCUCAGUCGUACACAAGUCAAAUACCGUAUUUUCUGGACUAUAAGCCGCACCUGCAUAUAAGUCGCAUCCGCUCUUUUAAAAAAAAAAGAUAUGCAAGCCACAGAUAUUUCUGUUGUUAGAUUAGAUAUUUACUACAUGUUUAGAAGGAUUUUGAACUGUAAAUGAUGUACAUGUUUGUACCUAAAUAGAUCUUUCCUAACAGUGUCUUUUAACACGGCAGCAACUUUGCUGAUUAAAACGGGACAGAACCAAGAGAAAAUAACCGGUAUUUAUUUAUCUAUUAUAGAUAUAGAUAUAGUAUUCUUCUUUGCAUUUAUUUUGUCUUAGUUUUGAUUCUAAUUCCGGUUAGAGCGCCCCCUAGUGGUGGAAGAAAAAUCCACAGAAUAACCGCACCUUUGUAUAAGCUGCACGGUUCAAAACCUAUGAAAAAAGUAGCGGCUUAUAGUCCAGAAAAUACGGUAACUUUAGUUCACCGGGACAUUUAAGAAGAAACGCAGACCCUUACCAACAUUGUGCAGCAACUAUUAGUUUUCUAAGACAAUUCAUUCUGUCUUUCCUUCUUGGCAUUGUGUUAGACACACCUGGAUGCUUCCUUUCUAGAGGUCUGCACCCCUGCUGACGGUCAGUUAUUGAUCAGCCGAGGCUGCAUUGGUGAUCAGAUCUUUGUUUUUACAGAACAAGGCGGGGGGCGCUAACUUCUGCAGGACUGUGCCGUGCACACGCGACAGCGGCUCUGCAGGGAGGAGGUGGGAGCAUGGGAAACGUGCUCAGCUUUAGCGCCGCCCAUGUGGCCAGUCAUGUGACCAGUCAUGUGACCAGUCAUGUGACCACUGCAGAGGCUCUUGCAUGAUUCUGAGUUUUAGAAACAUUAAUUCAUGCUGUUUUUACUCUUCGCUCCUCCUUGAGUUGUUUCUUUGAACACAGCGAUGUGUAUAAACAUGUAACGCAGCACUUAUUAGUUGUAAACGAGCGUGUUGGAGUGUGUAGUGGUCCGUCUCUUUGUCGACGUCCACUGAGCCCAUGAAAUGGGACACGAGUGUCCGGUCCAGACGACGGUACGUCUCAGCAGCACAUUGUUAUGCUAAAAGAACACAAAAAUCCUUUUUUUUUUCAAGCGUUUUUGCUGAAAUAUGACUUUUUAUUCUUAUUAUUUUUUAAUGUCACCAUUUCUUUUUCACAUUUUUUGUCUUUUAGCUUUAAAGCACUGAGUGUUAUUGUGUAAAGUCAGGUGUGUGAAGCUGCACGGCACGUCAGCGCUGAUCUGAACACAACAGAACCAGAACCUGGAAACAGACUCCGCCGUGCAGGAUCAUGAUGACCUGAGAGGAGCUGGACCCGGACCUGCUGGGCCGGGUCUGGGUCCCGGGUCCCGGGUCUGGGUUCCAGCUCCCGGGUCCAGCUCCUGGUCCAGGUCUGACCACGUCUCUCAGACCUCUGUCACAAACUAUGAGUCAAAAGGAAAAGUUCUCCCCUCCAGCAGAAGAUAUUACAAUGUAGAUAAAAGACAUUUUAAUAACCCAGGAGACUUGAUGUCUCUUCAUCUGCACAUAACAUCAGAGAAUCUGAAGGAAUCUCUGUGAGCGCGGGGCGAGGCUGGACACCCAGAAGCCGUGGUUUCCCUGCAGCAGUUCACUUUAGGAUGUUGAUGUAGAGAAAAGCCUUUUUGUUUACUUCUUAUUAAAAAUCCAACUUAAUAUCAAACCAUUUAAACCAUGUUAGGGCCGUUGAACAGACGACACAUCCUUACCUGCAUGCAUCACCUCUUCCCAGGCCCCGCCCUGCGCUACACCAACACAGCAAAAUAUUGCUGCACUUCUCUUAUAAUCUGAAGGUUCUUCAUUCCAUCAUCUCCCCACAUCGUGGUCCCUCAGCCGGACUGCUGGUUACUGAGCACAAAUCAGCUCCCAGUUUCUGAUGUCAUGGAUAUGGGCGUGUGCCGACAGUCACGGUGAAGGUUUCUCCAGGGAGGCCUUUCAUCUGCAAACGUACUCACAUAUUUACAAAGAUCUAGUGAAUGAGGCACACUGACCUUUAUGGCACUUUUACACUAGUACCUACUCAGCCCGACUCGAUUCGCCUCAGUUUGGUUCUUUUCCACCAGGGGUCUAACGUGCAGAGUAGAUACUUUUCUGUAACUAUUCUGCCGAGGUUCUAAGCUGCUGAGUCGGCUGUAUCUGACAUCACACUACAGGCCACCGAUUGGUCGGAGGGUUGGAGUCAGACGUCUGAGUCAGGAGGAGGAAAUCAGAGAAAGAGACUCUGACGGCUUCUUGUUCAUUUUAUUCAACAGGCAAUGGCAGCAAAAGUUUGUUUCAUGAUCCAACUCUCAGAAUCAGGUUUAUUAAGUCAGCUUAGAAAACUGUCUUUGACUUCGGAUACACCGGCGGCGACACGAUGGUAUUGUGCGCCUGUUUUUCCAAGGGUAACACUGGGA